AGCCAAACGGUUUCACCCAAAUCCGCCAUGUUUAUUACUCGGAGAGACUUUUGUAGUCCAAACAACUUAAGGAGUUUUCGUUUCUUUGAGGGUUCAGUUCUUUCAAUCUGUGGAAACGACGGGCACAGUAAAUAGGUGUGCAUGCAGUUUUAAAAAAUGUAUGGAGUGAAAUGUUGAAGGGGGUGCACCACUACCCCCCCACCCGCACCUCUUCUCCACCUUCGCAUUCAUCAAUGUCAAGGGUUGGUUUUGAUGUCCCAGUUAUCUUGCGUAGCUCCGAUGACACCGAGUCCAUCCUACCUACUCCCGAAAAGCAAAUGGUUCAAGUGACCAAUCCUUUUUCCCUCGAGAUGGGUUCUGGAGCCGCAUCUGUUGCAAAUGGUGUGUGGUUGAAGCCAUAUUGUUUGGAGCCAUGUAUCUUGAGCUGUUUCUGGGGUUGUGAGGUCAGUGCCCUGCAGCGAGCAUUGCAGGCCCACCAGGGUGUCACCAGGUUGAGCAACCCCCAGCAUUUCCGGGAGGCGUUAUACGGCUUCUAUCAUCACUGCCAGAGCAUUUAUAUCAGCAGUGAAGACAGAGAAGAACGCUUCACUUCUAUUCCACCUGAACAGGCACUCUCAGAUUUUGGCCCAUUGCCCAGACAACGCUAUCCUCUCGUGGCUGUGUUGACCUUGACGGAACAAGAAGCUCGAGACACAUAUAAUAUUGUGGCCAGUGUCACUGUAAUUCAUGUACCUGAUGAUAAGUACAACCUGUCUGCAAGGAUUCUCUUCCAACACCUUCUCACCUCACAGGGGAACAUGUACGAAUUAAAAGCUCUUUUUAUGUCAGCUAAUAGCGGUGGAGAAUCUGGUCAUCCUACCGACCCGAUUGUCCGUCCCAGUGAGCCUGAGGAGGAAGAAGAGACUGGAAAAGAGGUAGAGGAUGAGGAAGAUGAUAAAGGCUUAUCAGAGAGACAGGGUAGAGACUGUGUAGUGUGUCAAAAUGCAGCUAUCAAUAGAGUGUUGCUGCCCUGUAGACAUGCUUGUGUGUGUGACAGUUGUUUUUCACACUUUUCACACUGUCCCAUAUGUAGAGCUUUCAUCCAGGAAUCAUUUGCCCUGACUCUUGGUUCUGCUGCAUUUGAACAAUGAAUUUCAUAAUGCAAAGUAAACCCAAAACAAAUUAGUGUCACUUUAUUGGAAUUAUUUGAUAUCAUUUAGUAGGUAUUGCUUUUCUAUGAACAUGCUAAUGAAAACAUAGUGAGGAGAUGAAGAUAAGGCUGUAAUAUUUAUAUGAUAGAACUUUAUUGGUAUUGAGACUGUUUUUGUAAAUAUUUUGUGCUAUUUGUGUAGUGAAUACACAGCUGUAAAUUAGUUCUCAUUCUGCCUCCUC